UCGAAUUGCGCUGAUUGCACAGACUGCUGCUACCGUCGCUGUCUGCCUUCAUUUACACCACUGCUUCUUCAGAGGUAUGACUGUCAUCUGAUACAACUGCUGAAGACCUCUGUCCUCCUGGAAAGACACAUGGACACAGACACAUUCAGACAGAAUGGGCUCCAGACUGAAACAAAACCCUGAGCGAACCUUCUACUGGUUCUUUGAAGCAACUUGCCCCGUAGCCAGAGACAAAGAUCCUGGUGUACUGUUUCAGUUUCCAGAGGACUUCAGCGAUGAGGAGUCUUGUCAAACAUUACCCAGGUUCUGCUUCCCCUAUGACAUACAAAGGGCGAGGGAGGGAGUGGCCGUGCAGCACUUUACUUUUGUUUUGACUGACCUUGAGGGAUGCCAGCGGUUUGGCUUCUGCCGUCUCACCAACAGCACACAUACUUGCCUCUGCAUACUCAGUUAUCUUCCAUGGUUUGAAGUGUUUUACAAACUUCUCAACAACUUGGCUGAUUACCUCUCAAAAGGACAGACCAAUGAGAUGAAAGCGCUGCUGGCUGCGCUCUACAAGCAGCCCUUACCACUGGCAGCUGGAUCUGUCACUCUGCAGAUGGGAGAGCAGCUAUUGGUCACCACAGAGGUGUCCCAUCCUGUUGGACACCCAGAGGGACAAGAGGGGGUUCCAUAUUUCAUUGCUCCAGACCCCAAAAGUCUCCCUUCCAUUCCUGAAAAUAGGAACUUGACAGAGCUGAUUGUGGCAGUGGAUGUUGGGAACCUGCUCCAGCUCUAUGCCAGCAUGCUGUUUGAGAGACGCAUUCUCAUCUUUGCCAGCAAACUGAGCACACUGACAUCUUGCGUGCAUGCAGUCAGUGCUGUGUUAUACCCGAUGUACUGGCAACACAUCUUCAUUCCUGUCCUGCCACCCCACCUACUGGACUACUGCUGUGCACCUAUGCCUUACCUAAUAGGGGUCCACACCAGUCUAUCUGAGAGGGUGAGGAGUCGUGGGUUAGAGGAAGUUGUAAUUCUAAAUGUGGACACCAACACUCUGGAAACCCCCUUUGACGACAUGAAAAGGAUACCUUCAGAUGUGAUGUCCGGGCUGAAGGUAUGUUUAAAGCGUCAGGCGGUGUCUCCUGGCUGUGGUGUCUCAAGGGCCUUCCUGAAAGCCCAGGCUCUGCUGUUUGGAGGUUACAGGGACGCACUGCAGGGUCACAAGAAGGGUGAGCUGUGGUUCAGUGAGGAGCUGUUUCUAGAUCACAAGUCUGCCAGUAUGAGGCAGUUUCUUCAGAGUGCCAUUCAUUUACAGUCCUUCAAACAGUUCAUUGAUGGUCGCUUGGAUAUUCUGAACAAAGAGAUGGAACUAGAUGAUCUCUUUGAGGAGGAGAUCUUAAAGUGUGAGACUGCUACAGGGAGAGGCAAAUCUUAUCAACAGUUAGUUGGUAAUUUGAAGAAAGGGGGAGGAGCGCUCAUCCUUAACAUGAAGUCCAAAGCAAACAUGGGGGCCAAAGGUCUCGCCAAGUCUGGUUUGAGAAACCUGCUGACACCCAAGGCCCACAAUGAAGAACACAUCCUACAGAGAGGAGGAUCUGUGUCACACCGCCGUGCCCAAUCUGACUGCUUGCAAAAUCGCCUGCCGAUCACACAACACUUCGGGAGGUCGCGUCCCCGCCGGCCUGCUCACAAAUUCAGGGCUCCCAGAGGCGAGGAGAACAUGCAGGGCACUGGAGACACAUGGGAUGGAGCUGUGCCCGGGCCUGUGGUGGAGCCUGAGCUCCAGAAGGAUGAAGAAGAAAGUGAAGAUUCGCUGCUGUGUGACCCGGAGGAGAUGGAUCUGCUGGGAGAGAUCUUUGACACACUCAGCUCCCGGAGCUCUCAUGACCGCGGCCUGCUGUACGGCACACGCAGCUUGGAUCUGUUUGGACCGGACAGCCACGACUAUAUCACCAAGCGCGGUUUUCAAGCCAACCCGAGCCAGGAGAGUCUGUCUCUGUCCAUCAGCGGCAGCGGCAGCCUGCACAGCUGGAAUCUGGAAACCACAGAAGACCUGACAGAAGACUCUGAUUCGCUGUGCCUGGACACCAGUGUGCUGGAGGAGGAGGGGACAGAGAGCCUGCUGGCAGUAUGUGAAAUAGGGGGGAAAGAAAGCACACAAAGGGAGGUUGAAAAGAAACAGGAAGAGGUGAAGGUUGCAAUAAAUGGAAAACAAGAAGAAGAAAUAGACAACGGAAAUAACUAUGAGGAAGUGAAGGUAGAGGAAGUGACGGAGGCAGAGAGUCAUGAGAAGAGAGUGAGUUUAGGAGAGGAUCCUGUGAGAGCAAUAGCUGAGAUACGUGAGGACGAAGGUUUGAAAGAAAAAAGGAAAGAUGAGCGAAGUCAGACUGAAGAAGUAGCUGAGGAACAAGAGGUGGAAAAAAGAGCAAAUGAAGUGCAGAAGGAUGAGGCAAGAGAAGUAGAGGGAGAAAAGAAGCAGGAGGAGAAAGGUAAAGAGGAGGCAGAAUCUUUGAACAAACUCAGUCCCCAUCAUCCCAACGUCGAGGAGGAGCAGCAACGACAGGAGGACAAUCUGCUACUCACAGCUUCUGCUGGGCCUCAGAGUCUCACUGUUGACCCUAAACCUCCGGCAGAUGAUGAAAAAAAGAGUGAAGGAGCCAUAAAUAAAGAGAAGCAGGAGAUGACACCGACCCCUCCUAAAGUGCUGUCUGCUGUAGCACGCUUCCCGUCUCAGGGGCACAGCCAGAGCCUCCAGGUGAAGUCCAGGAUCAAGGCUCUGGCUGAAUCUGGGAGGCCCUGCAACACGCUGUGGAACAGGGAGAACGCACAAACUCAGCCGCAAUGUGACUUCAAUGUACCAGAAGGGAGCAACCGCUCAGAAGGGCAUGAGGAGGAAGAGCCGCCUCUACUCAAAGUGUCUGAACUCAAGAAGAGGUUUGAAGCCUAAAGGGUUAAGCCCCCCCCCCUACCAAACCUGCUACCUUGAAUACUGGCAGUAUUUACAGCAGCAGGGAGGUGCACAUGAAAUCAAGUCAGAACAAACUAAAGUGUGUGUUCAUCCUCAAGGAGGCACUGGUCAUCCAGUGGCUCACUGAUGUGUUUUUAAAUCAUUUUUUUCAUGGGAUUCGUUGACGAUGGGAAAAAAACACAAACUGACUGACACAUCACCUAGCCGAGACUGAGCUAAUAUUUCAAGAGAUUUUUGUUGUUCUGAAAAUUGUACACUUGAUAUAAUGACUGGUGAACCUCACUUAGAGUUAAGGCAACUAGGCUGCCAGGUAGAAAUGAAUGUGUUCUCAGGUGGGAACAAUUAAUGUUUUGCAUAUUCGCUCUUGUAUGAUGGCCUGUGUGCCACUGAUACAUGACUGUUUUGUGCGUGUGAGAGAGAUGCAAUCCACCAGCUAAAACUGACAAAUGAAAAUGAUUAUCGCAUAAGUUUUCACACAAAAUCUGAAUAUCUGAAUAACUUAAAAACAAAUAAACUUAACAUUUUGAAUAUCUACCUAAACAUUUCUUCAAUGCUCCAAAACAAGAGUCGUGCGCAUUCGUGGUUUAUUUACAGAACACCUUGUGUACCAUGCAUACUGAUUCUUUCGAUGAUUUUUUUUUUAGAAACCAAGCUUCUCUGAGCCUGACGUAAAAGUGCAUCACAGUCGUCUUUUUCAUCAAUAUCCUUCAUAACCAGAAAUAGUGUAAAACACAAUAGGCUUUAUAUAUAAAUACAGAACACACAAUAUAGUUAAAAUAUUCUAACCUCUGUACAAGUACAAAAUAUACUUAAACUCAUGUUCUUUAUGUGGCAGAAUAAAGGGAGUGAGUUAUUUAAUAAAGGAUUUCGACAGAAAUUUAAAUGACGCUUAUUUCCUCUUUUUUGUGCAGUGAAGCAGGUGAUUGAACUGACAGUCUGAUCAGUGUUUUCGUUGUCACCAAGAAGGAAAAGGUGCAGCACAAACAGUGUUCGGUGUGUCUGAAGAUGUUGGGGUGCAGAGCGUAGACAUCCCAGAGGACAGCAGCAAAGCAACAUCAGAAAACAGUAACGAGGGGUGAGUCCAUUUAUAUACGUUCA